AACCUUCCAUGCCAGCUUUCCCAUUGACUUUGUAUGGGGGAAGCUAGCCAGGAAAAUAAUAAUUUGUGAGCAUGUGAUUCUGGACACGCAAGAGUCAUGGAUGCCAAGUAGCAGAGUUUGAUCACAUGACACAGUUGUUCUGGGACAGCUGGAACUUCGAGGACUGAUCAUCAACGCCAUUUGUUCAGUACUGUCAUAACUUCAAAUGGUCACUGGACUAAUGGUCGUUAAUAGAGGACUUCCUGUAUCAAUCUGAGGAUUGGCAUCCAUUUCCUUUUAUUUGUACCUUCCAAGCAGCCGUUCUUUUUUUGGAUCUCUUAAACGGCCUGGAGGGCAUCUUUGCUUCUGCAAUUUUAAAGGGCUUUUUCUAUUUUUUUUGUUUUUAUUUCUAAGAAUAGAUUACCCAUAAAGAAAUGCUUGUGAUAGUGGCAAAUAUCUGUUGCCCGGGUAUAGGAUUACGUUGCGAGGUUCGUUCUCCAAGCUUGUGGGUUGGUUUCCGAAUGUUUCUUUCCCUAGCCUGGUAAGGAAACAUUCAGAAAUCAAUCCACAAGCUCAGAGAAUGAAUCUUCACCCUAAUAAAGAAAUGCUUCAAUUGGGGGGAAAAAGAAAUCAGGCUCCCAAACUGUAUUUUUUUUUAGACGUUGCUGGCAAGGACAAGAAAAAAUUUACCUGUUUUGAUACCUCUUUUUUUUAGGUUACUGAUGUUGCAUCUGUCAUGAUGUCUAACAACAUAAAAGACAGUCUGGAGCUUCAAGUAGCAGAACUGGAAAUGCUUUUGUCUAUGUUUCCUAAUAAAGGAGAAAUAACUCUUCAAGAUGAAAAUGUUUUGGAGAAUAUUCAGAGGCACCUGAACGAUACAACUGAGAAUCCCCCACCUAAAAUUGAGUAUUCCGUUGCUGUUCCUAUAAAUGAAACCAAGGCCAUUGUAGAUUUGCAGGUGGAAUUGCCUCUCAGUUACCCCUACGUGACACCACAACUUUUUGCAAGAUCGAAUACACUAGACAGGCAACAACAGUUGCAGCUCAAUAAAGACCUUACGUCUUAUAUCGCUACUUUGGAACCCGGAGAACUCUGUAUAUGUGCGACUGUUCGGUGGUUACAGGAUAACAAUACAUUCAGAGUACAAAACAGUGAAGUUUGCGAAAGAACGACAAGGAAAGAAAUAGUCAAAGCACCAUUUAAACGCAUGUGGAUUUACAGCCAUCACAUAUACCGACAAGAACUGAGGAAAAAGAUCUUUGAAUAUGCAAAGAAAUUAAAUCUGACUGGUUUCUGCCUAGCUGGGAAGCCUGGGGUGAUUUGUGUGGAGGGCACGAAAGAAAACUGUGAAGAGUUUUGGCAUAUUAUUAGAUAUCCCAAUUGGAAACACAUUUCCUGCAAGCAUCUUGAGACUGGAGAAGCAGAAGGAAAUGGGGAAAGUUUCCGCCUCUUUCAGACCUUUGAAGAUUUACAGUUUCAAGCUCAUGGUGAUUAUGGAUUAAGGAAUGACUAUCACAUGGACCUCGGUCAAUUCCUAGAAUUUCUUAAGGUUCAUCAAAGUGAUCACAUAUUUCAGAUCUUGUUUGGCAUUGAAGGAAAAACUCCUGACACUUAGCACAAGUUCAUUCCCUCUGGUUCUUGACCAGGUUUUGAAAUCUUCAAAUACCAAGCAAGAACAAAUGUGCUCGGAGGACGGUUCUGGGUUAUAUUUGUAGGAAAUCAAGAGGGAGGAUGGGUGUGAUUAAAAUGUAUGAUAUAAUAAAAUAAAAUCCAGUAUUUAUACAUUUCAAAAUGCCUACAUCUCUGGUGAUCAGAACAUGGUAAAAGGUUUCCUUCACACAUAUGUGCUAGUCGUUCCCAACUCUAGGCGGCGGUGCUUAUCUCCAUUUCAAAGCCGAAGAGC